GCGGCCGGCAGCAGUCGCGCAGGGCCGGCGCCGCGGCGGGGAUGCGGAGGCGCCGCUGCUGCGGCUGCUGGGGGCCGGCGGCGCUGCUGCUGCUGCCGCUGGGGCUGGGCAGCCUCCUCGCCGCCAAAGUGAACAAACACAAACCCUGGAUUGAGACAUCUUACCACGGAAUCAUAACUGAGAACAAUGACACUGUAAUUUUGGAUCCUCCCCUUGUUGCUUUGGACAAAGAUGCACCUGUUCCCUUUGCAGGUGAAAUAUGUGCUUUUAAGAUCCAUGGACAAGAAAUGCCCUUUGAAGCUGUUGUGCUGAACAAGACGUCUGGAGAAGGUCGUCUUCGAGCAAAGAGUCCUAUUGACUGUGAGCUGCAGAAGGAAUACACAUUCAUCAUCCAGGCCUAUGACUGUGGAUCAGGACCGAGUGGAACCAACUGGAAGAAAUCUCACAAGGCAGUAGUCCACAUCCAGGUAAAGGAUGUCAAUGAGUUUUCACCAGCAUUCAAGGAGAGCGUGUACAAGGCCACUGUGACAGAGGGGAAGAUCUAUGACAGCAUCCUGCAGGUGGAGGCCAUAGAUGAGGACUGUUCUCCCCAGUACAGCCAGAUCUGCAACUAUGAGAUUGUCACAACAGAUGUUCCCUUUGCCAUCGACAGGAAUGGUAACAUCAGGAACACCGAGAAACUCAGCUAUGAUAAACAGCACCAGUACGAGAUAAUGGUAACAGCUUUUGACUGUGGGCAAAAACAUGCAACAGAAGAUGUCUUAGUACGAGUUAAUGUCAAACCAGUGUGCAAGCCAGGCUGGCAAGACUGGGACAAACGGAUUGAAUACAAACCUGGCUCGGGAAGCAUCCCCUUGUUUCCCAGCAUUCAUCUGGAAACAUGUGAUGGACCAGUUUCCUCAAUACACACCACCAUUGAAUUGCAGACCAACUACAUUGGAAAGGGCUGUGAUCGUGAAACGUACUCAGAAAAGUCUCUGCAGAAAUUAUGUGGAGCUUCCUCCGGUGCCAUUGACCUGUUACCAUCUCCCAGUACAACAACUAACUGGACAGCUGGGCUUGUCAUGGAUAGCAAUGACAUAAUUUUUAAAUUUGAUGGAAAGCAAGGAGCGAAAAUCCCAGAUGGAAUAGUCCCGAAAAAUUUAACUGAUCAAUUCACCAUCACUUUGUGGAUGAAACAUGGACCUAGUCCUGGAUUAAGAGCUGAGAAAGAGACUAUUCUCUGCAACUCUGACAAGACAGAGAUGAACAGGCACCACUACGCCCUGUACGUCCACAACUGCAGACUCGUGUUCCUGCUGCGCAAGGACUUCGACCAGGCCGACACCUUCCGGCCUGCCGAAUUCCACUGGAAACUGGAUCAGAUAUGUGAUAAAGAGUGGCAUUACUACAUUGUCAAUGUGGAGUUUCCCGUUGUUACACUGUACAUGGAUGGAACCACAUAUGAACCUUACCUGGUGACCAAUGACUGGCCCAUCCACCCCUCCCACAUUGCCAUGCAGCUCACGGUCGGGGCUUGUUGGCAAGGAGGUGAAGUCACCAAGCCCAGAUUUGCUCAGUAUUUCCAUGGCAGCCUGGCCAGUCUUACUAUCAGGCCAGGGAAAAUUGAGAGUCAGAAAGUGAUUUCCUGUUUGCAGGCCUGCAAGGAAGGUCUGGAUAUUAAUUCUCUUGAGAGUCUUGGCCAAGGAAUAAAGUAUCACUUCAACCCUUCCCAGUCAGUCCUUGUCAUGGAAGGAGAUGACAUUGAGAAUAUAAAUCAAGCUCUCCGAAAGGUCUCAUACAUCAACUCCAGACAGUUCCCUACUGCAGGCGUACGGCGUCUCAAAGUCUCAUCUAAAGUCCAAUGUUUUGGUGAAGAUGUCUGCAUUAAUAUCCCAGAUAUAGAUGCCUAUGUAAUGGUGUUUCAGGCCAAUGAGCCCAAGAUUACAAUAACUGGGAUGGAUCACUUUGCUAGACCAGCUGCACAGUUUGAAAGUGAAAGAGGUGUUAUUUUGUUACCUGACAUCAGGAUUGUCAGCACAGUCACUAAAAUGGAGCAUCCACUGGACUUAAAAGAACAUGACAGAGCUGAUAAGCCAGUGAUAGUAGAGGAAAUGCUCCACAACUUGGAUUUCUGUGAUGUUUUGGUCAUGGGCGCAGAACUAGAUCCUGAACAAGAGUGUUUAGAACUAGAUCAUGUGGAGCUCCAAGGAAAACAUCUAGAUGCCACAAAUUCCACAGCAGGAUAUUCAAUCUACGGUGUGGACAGCAUGUUCAACUACGAGCAGGUUCUGCGGCAGAUCCGGUACCGGAACUGGGACACCGCUGCCACCUUCGACAGGAAGUUCAGGGUCAAGUGCUCCGAGCUAAACGGGCGUUACACGAGCAACGAAUUCAACCUGGAGGUUAAUAUUCUACACAGCUCCAACUCCAACUUCAUGGACCAUGUAAAUCAUAUGAUAGUACAACCACAAUUUCUCCAAUCUGUUCAGCACCCUGAGGGGAGUGUAAGUGCUGUUCACAACUCAGUUGUUCCAAGUGUGGCCACCAUUGUGAUCAUAAUCUGUGUGAGCAUCCUCGUUUUUGUCAUAACCUUGGGCGUGUACCGGAUCCGCACAGCUCACCAGCACGGCUCUGCAGACCACGAGGGAAGCAAAGAGAAUGAGAUGGAUUGGGAUGAUUCUGCUCUGACCAUCACCGUCAACCCCAUGGAGAAAUAUGAAAAGCCUCACCAGACAGAAGAGGAGAGUGAGGAAGAAGACAUAGAAGAUGAAGAGGAAGACACAACCAGUGCUGAAUCAGAUGAAAGCGAAGAGGAGGAGGAAGAAGAGGAGGAAGAGGAAGUGAUUGUCCAAAAGGGAGACAAACAGAAUGCCACCAGGCAAGCGCAGCUGGAGUGGGAUGAUUCAACACUCCCAUACUAACAGCCCUGCAGCCAUAUCACACUUUCGUAACAACCAAUACAAUGGUUUUUCAGAGUCUAUGAAUUCAUUGACAGGAUUUGAACUUCUGCUUGCCUGUUUUGCCUGAAGUGAUCUUGUUGUAGUAAUUGGUAAUGAUAGAACAGACCCUUUUCUUACAAAGCCUGGAGAAAACAUGGUACAAACCUACUGGCCUAUCCAGGAAUAAUAAAGUAACUAGAAUCUGA